AUGGUAGCACCAGCUAGUCCACCAGUGUCUCCACUGGUUGUUGUUGUUCUGGCAGCUGACACACUGUGGAAAUCCAAGAAGAGGAAAGUUUCAGAAAAGGACACUAUCAGGUCAAGGGAGAUACCCGCAUGUUUUAUCUGUCAGCAGAGUGGAACGGGCUGUUCACCAAGACUAGAUUAUCGAGUUCCAUUCCAGAAAGAGUUUGCAGCAGCAGAAGGUGGAAAUGUGACUCUGAAUAUAUCAGUGAUUGCCAACCCAACACCCACAUUCACCUGGUAUAAACUGACUGAUAGAAACAAAAAUCUUGGGUCUGGUGGUUCAUCUACAACUGACGUAUCUGCUGUUGGGAAACUUACACUGACAAAUGUUCAGCAGGAAGAUAUUGGUACCUACCAGGUUGUUGUGUCAAAUGGAACUAAAAACACGGAUCUUGUGGUGAACUUGACACUUCAUUUAGCAGGUCCUCCGAAUAUUCCCAUGAAUGUGACAGCAUGGAGCAAUGGUCCACACUCAGUCUCAGUGUCUUGGAUAGAGGAAUUUAAUGGAGGAUCAAAUCAGACAUUCCUUAUACAAUACCGAGCAGACACAACAUCACAGCGAACAAAUCUCACUAAACAGUUUCCAGAGAAACGUCUCCACAUUAACCACACAGCUGUCAUAUCAAAUCUUCAACCAGAGACGAGAUAUCUUGUGUGGGUUUUGGCUUAUAAUAAAUAUGGAUACAAAGGAUUUACAGAGGGACACGAAGCUUUGACUUUAGCUGCAGGAGAAGAGCCUAGCAAUGCUGCUUUAAUAGGUGGUGUUGCUGGAGGACUGACCGGAGGUGUGGUGAUAAUCGUUAUUGUCAUCGUGCUCGUGCUGCUUUUCAUCAGGCGGAGGAAUCAAAACUCCACAACAUCUGAAAAGCCAAUAAUAGAGUCCUACGGAUCGGGAAUGGUCCGGAGAGGUCGGCCAAGCACUCCCAACAGUUAG